UGUAGAGAUAAAACAAAACAUAUGAUUUCAAUAAAAUAUAUUGAACAAAUCUAUGGAAUCUUUAAAAGACAGUACUAGUCAUUUAAAGUCGCCUAUCAGUUAUAGGCCAGAAUUAUUUAGGAGCUUGGAAGAUAUGGCUUGCUCAUCAUCAGUUAUUAAUUAUAAUAAUGAUAAAAAUAAGAUAGAAAAGUCAAAAAAAAUUGCCCCUCAAAAUAAUGAUGACAAUAUGAGCUUUUUAUCUGAAUUCAUAGGCUCAAGAGUUGUUAGAGGUCCUGAUUGGAAAUGGGGAAAACAAGAUGGUGGUGAGGGAUAUGUUGGCACAGUUAGGAAUUUUGAAUCACCUGAAGAAGUCUUAAUAGUUUGGGAUCAUGGAACAGCAGCAAAUUAUAGAUGCUCAAUGUUUUAUGAUUUGAGAAUCCUUGAUAGUGCAUCUGCAGGCAUCAAGCAUGACAAGGUAACCUGCAAUUAUUGUCAGAUUUCACCCGUUCACGGUAUCAGGUGGAAGUGCGGAGAGUGCUCCAACGUAGAUUUAUGUUCGCUUUGCUAUCACGGCGAUAAACACAAUACUAGGCACCGAUUUUUUAGGAUCAAUAGGCCCCGUAGCGAAAAAGUCCUUUUAGAGUCCAGACGCAAGUGCAAGAAAAAGAUCAACCCCAGGGGGCUCUUUCCAGGUGCCCGAGUCGCUAGGGGGGUCGAUUGGAAAUGGGGCGAACAAGAUGGCUGUGAUCAGACUUCUAACGUUAACGAAAAUUACUUACACAAUAACCCGCUGAGUGUCGCGAAAACUAAUUCACCUUCUUCCAACUUUCAAAAUGUUCACGCUACCCUCUUUAAAAACAAUAUCGUCGGUAAUAGCUUAAUUUCCUCAAAUGGCGGUUUCAAAAGGACGGGCAAGAUAGUUGAUUUGCAAGAGUGGACUAGAACCUGCCCCAGAAGCGCCGUUUACGUCAUCUGGGAUAGUAACAAUAGCGGGACAACUGCCUCGAGUGCCACCGAAAUUUCAUCGGAUUCGCAUAGCAAUGGGAUCAAGAAUUUGUACCGGGUCGGGUACCAAGGCAUGGUCGAUUUGAAGGUCGUUAACGCGGGAAAGGGCAUACCUUAUUACAAGGAACAUUUACCUUUGUUAGGAGAACAAAUUACAUCCUCGUCGAACGUCGGAACUUUCAAUAUAGACGACAAAGUCAAUAUAGACCUCGAUUUGGAAGUCGUUCAAAGUUUGCAACACACACACGGUGGUUGGACCGAUGAGAUGUUCGAAUGUUUAGGAAGCACUGGGACCGUUAUAGGGAUAGAUGAAGAUCAAGAUAUUAUCGUGAUGUACCCAAGUGGUAACAGGUGGACUUUGAACCCUGCUACUCUCAAUAAAGCUUCCAAUACCAAUACCGCCAACACAAAUAAGUCCCUUCCGAUGCCUCCCGAUUUGGAAGGGCCCGCUUCGUGUUGUUCGACGGGUGAUAUCGUGCAAAUAACCAAAGACUCAGCGCGGGCGCAAAUAGCCCAAGUUGGUCACGGGGAAUGGUCCGACUCUAUGAAAUCCACCCUCGGGAAUUUUGGCAAAGUUCAGCUCGUCUACGGCGAUGGGGACCUUAAAAUCGAAAUAAACGGGGUUUGUUGGACCUUUAAUCCUAAAUUGGUUUCCAAGGUUGUAUCCGAAUCGGAAAUCAACGGGGAAACGAACGGAGUACGAUUAAGCGCCAUCUUAAAACGCCUUUUCGAAAACCACGUGUGCGGAGAUUUCAACGAAGAGCUGGUCAAGGCGGCUGCCAAUGGAGACCACGUUAAAUGCCGGGAAAUAUUAUCUAUCAAUGAGCGUUCCGAAAAUAGCCAAGAAAAAUUUGUGGAUGUCGAUUCAAUUUUCUCGGGAUAUGCAGCCAUACACGUUUCCUGUCAAAAUGGUCACAUCGAGGUGAUCAAAAUACUGCUCAAACACCGAGCUAAUAUACAACUUGAAGAUAAGAAUGGGGAUUUGCCUAUUCACCACGCGGCCAUAGGGGACGAACCUCACAUCAUCGAACUCUUGGCCAAUUUUCGCGAGGGUUCCAAGAUUAUUGCCGAGCAACAUAACAAUGUCGAAAACGACAGAAUAAAUGAUUUAGGCCACCACCAAGAUCUCAAAAUUGAUAACCAACUGUCGAUGGCGGCUAAUUUCUGUUCUUACAAUAUAGAUCUUAAUGCCCGUAAUAGGAAAAGGCAAACGGCCCUGCAUAUAGCAGUCAAUAGAGGGUUCUCGGACGUGGUUGAAAUGUUACUCAAGCUUGGGGCUCAUCCUAAUUUACAAGAUCUAGAGGGAGAUACUCCGGUUCACGACGCCGUCAGCAAAAAGAAGGACGAAAUUUUGUCAUUUCUCCUGAACUUCGAGGAGAUUUGCCGGAAAGACACCACCGAUUCCCGUUUAAGCCGUAAAGUUUCAAAUGUUUCUAAUAACGUUUCAUCGAACAUAAACCACAAAAUCAGCCACAAAAAUGCUAGCACCUUCGAAAUGUCGGGCCAGCAAAAUUUCGGGAAAAACAAAUUUAUCGUCAAAGAUACCGAUCUCAUUACUACGACCAAUAAUAACGGAUUUAACGCGUUGCACCUGGCUUCUCUCCGAGGAAAUCCGAACGCCGUAAAGAUAAUCCUAAACAAGCUGGUUGACAAAACAUGGGUUAUCGACGAAAAAAAAGACGACGGUUACACGGCUCUUCAUUUGGCAGCUCUCAAUAAUCACGUGGAGGUUUUGGAUCUAUUACUAGAUCAGGGUAAAGCUGACCCCAAUGCCCGUAACGCGAACUUGCAAACCGCUCUUCAUUUGGCCGUGGAGAGACAACACUUCGGGGCCGUUAAGCGGCUCCUAACACCUCGGGUUAAGGCGCACGUCGAUCUAACUUCAUCCCACUCCUCUAAUGCCUAUUAUAACCGAGAAGAUCAUACGAAUAUCGGGAAAAAUUUGGAAGUAAAUGGGAAAUAUGACGACGUGUCUAGCAACGCGGAUACGAGUAAAAUUUGCUGCGCCGUGGAGGCUCAGGAUAAAGAUGGGGACACGGCGCUUCACGAAGCCGUGAGGCAUCAUACCCUGGCUCAGCUAAAACAUUUGAGAGAACUCCAGGAUAUCGGAAAAUUAUUAAUAGGCGUCGGCCUAAACAUCAACCAAAACUCGAUUUCUAAUAUCCCCCUCAACCGAGCUAAUUUAGCGAACCCCUCAUCCCCAGCGAACGGUUCCGACACUGUCCCCAUUAAUCCCAAUCCCUCCAUCAGCAAUGAAAAUUCCCGCAACACCUUGAAUAUUCCAGGAUCGGCUCCUCAAUAUUCCUCCUGCAACGGCAAUGGCUCCAAUCUCCUGAACAUUAAAAAGAGCAGCGCGGCCAUAGCCUGUUAUUUGGUAAGCAAGGGUGGCCUGGCUGGGGCCUUAUGUCUGGAUAUCAAGAAUAAGAAAGGCCAAACCCCUCUAGACCUUUGCCCAGAUCCUAACUUGACCAAGGCGCUCAAAAACUUUUACAGGAUGUACGUGAAAGAAAGAAACGAUAAAGACCCGUCUAUAACCAGUUCCGACAACGAUUUAAAUAAUCCCGGAAAUAGUUUAGCCUACGAAUGCGAUAGUAACACUAGUGAUGAUCAUAUUGAUAAUGAGAUUAAUUUUGAGCAGCCAUCCUUCGGUUCCACUCCAGCAACGCAUAAAUUAGAGGCAACCAAGUUACUCAAUCUGCGACCACAAAUCGCGAACAAUAAUAAUGUUAUGGCGGCAAAACAAGAAUCUCCUUACAAACCUUCAUCUUCUUCCUCGGUGCUCCUUCUCGAUAAAUAUCCUAGCAACCGAUUUUCCCGCCCCAAAAUUAAUAACAACGAGCACAACAAAAAUAUGGUCAACGCCGUCAACAAUUUUGUGAUGGCGACUUCCGACGAAAAUAACGGCAAAGAGGCCAUCGAAUGCCUGGUUUGUUCCGAGAAAAAGGCUUCCGUCCUAUUCAAGGAUUGCGGUCACGUGUGCGUUUGUCAAAGUUGUUCAGUUCUCGUCAAAAAAUGCGUCAAAUGCAGAGCGACUAUAAGGCAAGCCGUGCCAAUCGUGGAAACGAUCGAAAAAGACGUGAAAUCGAACAAUCUCAAAUCCUCCCUCCUUUACCAGGAUAACGAUUGUCGCAAGAAUUCUAAUCUUGAUUUAGAUAACCUGCUGCCUUCGACCAGCUCGAAUAACCGCGAUGAUGAUGACGAUCUCAAGAAUGAGAGCGGUAACCGUGAACAAGGUUCUAAGAAGAAUCUCAAGGGCAAUUGCCUCAACGAAAACAUCAGUAAUUAUAAGGACGUCCAAAAGUUGCAGCAACAAUUGAGGGACAUCAAAGAACAAACAAUGUGUCCUGUUUGUUUGGAUAGAUUCAAAAAUAUGAUUUUUCUUUGCGGUCAUGGUACCUGCCAGAUGUGCGGAGAUAGAAUGAAUGAGUGUCCCAUAUGUCGGAAAUGUGUUGAUAAGAAGAUUCUUUUGUACUGAUUGUUAUAAAAAUAUUAAAAUAGCUUCGAAAUCUAAAUUGUGAUCGCGAUUACAAUAUGUUUUUUAAAAUAAAAUUUUUUUUUUUGAAACAACGAAACAAAAACAUAUAAAUCAAGAAUUCUUAAAUUC